AUGUAUGACACUGGGCUUUCUAACACAUAUUUUUUCGUGGAAAACGGCAAAGAACUGACGAAGAUAGAUGGAGGGCUGGUCUGCGCCACUAUACCCACAGAUAUAUCCGUACCGUGGCUUAUCCAAUCCCGACUUCACGUGAAAGUAAAAAGAGGAGGCAGCGAGCGAGCAGGGGAUCUUUGGAGUGACGUGCCAGAGGGUGCCAUUGCCAAACUUCUCCUGAAUAUUAUCUACUUAGAGGACUCCACAGAUUCAGAUGCCAUUACCGCUCGCUUGGGAAUGACCUGUCGUCGCCUCCACGGCAUAUGCAAGGUCCCCAUUCUGGAGCGCCAACUCCCCAUGAUGCGCGCACUAGUGCGCAGAGGUCGUCUGGUUAUUUCUAAGAAGGACUCCGAUUCAGUCGUGAUGUUGAGGGCUGAAGAAUUACGGGACGUAAACGACAUCUUCGAGGCUUCAUUCCACAAAUUUCAAUACAGUGUUGGACACUUCGCCACUCAAGAGAUCGGAAGCGUUCACGGACUUAUUUUUCACGCCCACUCUAUCACAAAUAUUACGAUGAACCUUGGCCAUUCUGAAAUAACCGUGGGCAAGGGUUCCACACCUUUGUGCCCCCUGCGAAUCUUUUGGGAGACUGGCUUUCACGUCUCGGCCUUUCUCGCCUCCGCAAAGAUUGCUUGUCUAUUCAAACAACACAACGCUGGUAUCAUUAAGCCUAUGGGAAAAGAAAAACUUCCCUACGCAAACGUAAAUCUCGAUACGGAUCAAGGAAUCAAGGGUUUAUAUAUAUACUCUCCCCUCCUUUUCUAUGAAGCAUACUUCCCGCUUACUUUACGGGUCCUGCAUAGCAGAUGCAUCAGAAAAUUAUUCCUUUCGAAUACGGGGCUUGGUACAUCUGAUUGGACCAACAUCUUACCCUUCAUCUCCAUGCCUCUCCUACUCGAAUUCGGUGUCGGCUAUGGCUACAUUGCUUUCAGCGAUCUCUCAUCGUUUUUGGGACGGCAUCCGAACAUAACCCACCUGGAUCUCUUUUGCAUUAUUUCGAUGAGGCCGAAAAUCAUGUUCCCCAUUGAGUGGGAACGGCUUGAACUUGAAGCGUUCAAAGGGAUUCCUGAUACCGUUUCCAUCUUGCUUUCGUGGGGGAAACGGUCAUUUCCGAUGCUGCGAUCCGUCUCGUUGACACUCAGAUCAAGCUCAAUAAUGACCGUCUCGGGACCCCCAACCUGGGCAACCGAAGAAGGAAAAGUUAUCGACGACAUAUUGGGGAAGCUAGCGCACUAUGACAGAGCAACGAUCCACCUUUGCAUCCAACUUCAACACCCGUUCAACCUUUUUGAAUGGUUUUCCGAAAAGGAUGCUAAACCAUGUUCCUUGGAAUCUGUGAAGAAGUUAGAGAUUGACAUGAUGGACGGAUGGCCGAUGUCGCCAAAGACGUUCGAAGCCUUCUUUUUCUGGGUCUCAAAUUACAGGUUCCUUUUUGUUCAGGAAUUAGAGUUGAAAAGGAUAGCCUCUCCGGAUCCCGGAAUAUGGACCGAGAAAUUGAAUGGAUUGUGGGAUUUGUGUCCGGAGUUGCAAUCAAUCACCCUCGGGGGAAAAGUCUACAAGCGACCUAUGCAAAUUUAA